UUUCAACUUUGUAGUGUGGUGGCUGCCCUGAAGUUCACAUUUAUUUCCGUUUGUAAGUUCUUAUUAUUCAUUUAUUCAAUGUUGGUGAAGUUAGUUGUGUGUUUUAACAUUUGACAGAAAAGAUAAAUUUAAAAAUACAAAAUGUUGAUAACGAAUUUGUGCCGCGCACCUGUUGUACGGGUUUUAAUAACAAAACCAUUUGUUCCUAGAAAUCAAGUUUUUAGAACAUAUGCACGAGGAGGUCGAGGAGAUCCAUAUGAACGUGGUCGAUCAGCCUUUGAACAGGUUACUAAACGACCAACGUUAAAAGAACGAUUAAUGGCUCCAGCAGGACCAAAUGCUUUUGGAAUUGGUCAGGGUGCAGUCGCAGGUGCAGCUAUUGUUGGUUUAGGUGCUUUGGGUUUUUAUGGAUUAGGAUUAUCAAAUCAAGCUGGUGCCGUUGAUAAAGCUAUGUUAUGGCCACCAAUAGUAAAACAACGAAUUAAGGAUACCUAUAUGUACUUUGGAGCAUCAAUAGCAGUAUCUGCUGGUAGUGCUCUUGCAGUGUUUAACAAUCCAACUUUAUUACGAUUAGUGACACGAAACGGAUGGAUGUCUUUGAUUGGAACAAUGGCUGCAAUGAUAGGAACAGGAGCCUUAGCUCAAAGCAUUGAUUAUAGUCCAGGAUUUGGUGCAAAACAAAUGGCAUGGUUACUUCAUGCAGCUGUUAUGGGUGGAGUAUUGGCACCUAUUGCCUUUAUGGGUGGUCCAAUUUUAAUAAGAGCUGGAUGGUACACAGCGGGUAUUGUUGGUGGCUUAUCAACCAUAUCGGUUUGUGCACCAAGUGAAAAAUUUUUGUGGAUGGGCGCUCCAUUGGGCAUGGGAUUAGGAGCAGUAUUUGCAGCAUCAUUGGCUAAUAUGUGGUUACCACCGACAUCGGUACUUGGUGCAGGUCUAUAUUCAUUUUCAUUAUAUGGUGGAUUAAUCUUGUUUUCUGGAUUUUUACUUUAUGAUACACAAAGAAUAGUUAAAAUAGCUGAAACUUAUCCAACUUACAUGGCCAGACCAUAUGAUCCAAUUAAUUCAGCAAUGUCAAUUUAUAUGGACACAUUAAAUAUAUUUAUUCGAAUGGUUAUGAUUUUAUCCAAUUCUGGUUCAAAAGGGCGACGAAAUUAAAGUAAAAAGCUUUUGGAAAGAACAAAUCGAUGUUGGAGCAAGAUUUUUUUUUAAAUUUAAAACGAAAACUUUUAAACAGUAUUUUCCCUUUAAAAUAAGU